GGAGGUUCACUAAGGCCCUGAAUGACUUGGAGAGAUUUGCUGCUCUCUGACCAAGAUCCCAGCUGCACAGAAGAAACAUAUUCCCCUCUCAACUUCAGAUGAGGGUGCCUGGACAAAGAUGAAUGUAUGCCAGGACACAAGAAGAACGCCUUCUGUGGUGUUAUUUAUUGCGGCAAUGGGCCCUGGCAACAGCUGGACUCCAUGGUGACAACAAGUAACCAGGUUCCCAAGGAACAGACCAGAGCACUUCUACUCCUUGGACACACAGCGAGGAGCAGCAGAUGGUCACAGUUGUACCAUGGGCUGCUAUGUUUCUAGGAGGGUCACUGUCACACAGCUGCCUCCCGAGCAGCUAGAGGACAAGGAGGAAGCCAAAAGCCAGACUGAAAAUUGCAGUCUUGCUGGAACAGAGGCUGUGCCCUCCCAGGAUGAGGCAGCUGAGCCAAAAGGCACUUCAAAGGAUAGAGCCAAACUUGAAGAUGAGACCAGUGAGGGAGACCUCCCUGAAGAACUCCCAGAAAAAUUAACAUCCCCUCAGGAAAGCAGCAAUGUGCAAAGCACAGGCACGCUGCUCAUCAGCGAGGGCAUCAGUAGAUCACAGCCCUCACAGGAAACAGAGAUGCAAAAAUCAUCAGACAUUCUUGAGGAGCUGAGGAUGCAGGGAAUAAUCAAGAGUCAAAGUACCACUGAAGGAAUGUAUGAAUACAAGGGACUUGCCCUGGAAAAUACACUGAAGAAACCACGAGCUAGGCUGGAAGAAAUUCAGUUUGGAGACAACGAAGUGGGUGAUUUUACAGUGAAGGAGAAGAUGAUUUCUGGCGAAGACAAAAAACAGGUUAGAGAAAACGAGCUGAACAGAAUGCUACAGCACAACAAUUUUUUCCCAGCAACUGCCCAACAAACUACAGAUAUUCUGACUGAAAAUGACUGCCCAAGGUUUGGAAUUCAAGGAGAUACAGACACCCCUCAGCUCUCACCUUCAGAUGGAGCUGGGGUACUGCUGAAGAAAAUAGCCAUAGUAGAAGCCACAGAUGAUUACACUGAGGACUCCACCAUCGAGUCAAUGACUUGCAACUGCCUCCAUGAAGCCAUCCACAUCUAAGCUGUCUUGCAAAAAAUGAACUCUUCUGUUCCCUGCACCUGACUUUCUUUGAGGCAUAAUUAAAUGAUUUGUCAUGGGACACAGCCAAGUCUUGCUGCUACCUAUCUCACCUGGGAAAAUGGUAUUUAACCUUAGUUGUUACAUACUAAUUGAAAGUAAAAAAUGAGAAGAGCCAGGAAGAGCCAAAUAGUAACCACCCAGUCACUAAGUUCAAGCCUAUGCACAUUAUCAU